UCGACAGCGACUGUAGAACCACUAGGCGGAACGGACGGGCCUAGCUCCCGCAGCCAUUUAUCAUGCUUGGGUUAGGCAGGAACCUGGCCGGAGCAGGUGGAUACCAGCGAGGGUCAGUGCUGAGCCGGUGUGCCUAUCUCGGAGUGAUUCUCUUCGUCUACGCGGUAUGCUUUCGGAUGUCGCCGCACAAAGAUCGGCAAAAUUCGGCGCCGGAGUUCGAGGAAUCGAGCCGGUUAGGGAGUUCCAUCGUCUUGCUAAGGAGACUGCUGGAGACGAACACCAGUGUCACUGAUAACAAUCUUGACGGCGGUAAUCGAAGCUUUGACAUCUCAAACACGUCAUCGUCGAAGCUUCCGCACUGCACGCCUCCGGCGUAUCACGAGUUCCCGCCGGACGCGUUUACUAACCAGCAGCGCAAGCAUGGAGCCGUCGCCAUACACAUCCUAGUCGUGCUCUACAUGUUCCUUGCCCUCGCCAUCGUCUGCGACGAUUACUUCGUAUCGUCAUUGGAAAAAAUAUGCGAGCAACUGGGAUUCAGCGAGGAUGUAGCGGGAGCAACAUUCAUGGCGGCGGGAAGCUCCGCUCCGGAGUUAUUCACGUCUAUCAUAGGCGUCUUUGUUGCUAAGGGUGACGUCGGCACAGGGACUAUAGUUGGCUCUGCGGUUUUCAACAUCCUAUUCGUCAUCGGUAUCUGUGGACUAUGUGCAGGCCAGAAUGUCAAGCUGACAUGGUGGCCUCUCUUCAGGGACAGCGCCUUCUACUCUGUGUCUGUUAUUGUUCUUAUCGUGGUGAUAUACGACGGUGUGGUCACGUGGGCGGAGUCGGUAGCGAUGCUCGCCAUCUAUGCUAUGUACAUCCUUAUAAUGAAGUUCAACACGAGCAUAAGUCGUUAUAUUAUGAAACGUAGAGGUCAAGCAGUAGACGACGACACACCCACGCCCGCACCCACGCAGAACACCCUCCUGCAAACGGCUCCGUUCGCCAACGAGCCGGAUUUGUCUCCACAGCCGGUCAGUAGCGGCGCGAACAACAUUCCCAUGUUGAAGAUUGACGGCCUAAUGUCGCCGGUCACGGAAAAGCCCGAGAGUAUGGCGGAAAAUGCCGAACCAAACGGACAGGCUGCAACCGUACCGAUCGACGAGCAUAUACGAGACUCGCCCAGGCGGCUUUCCUUUCACGAUGCCGGAUUUCGGGUGAUGUUAUCCAACCAAUUCGACCCGAAGACCCGUAUGAGAACUGCCUGCAGAGUCGUCAUUAUGGAGAAACAAUUGCUCCGGAAUCAGAGUCGAGUUAGGCGGCUCUCCAUGAAGAGCAAUAGAUGCUUCCAGCAGCUAAGCUUUGAAAGUGAGCUCGGCUCGUACACCAAGGCUGUGUAUGGAAACAUCACGACACCCGAAGCUGAAGUGCAAGCCUUCGACUCGUGGAAGAAAGUGCCUAAAGCGGAUGGCGCCGUGGAGAUGGUAAAGUGGGCCGUCUGUUGGCCUCUACGGGCCAUUCUCUUUAUCACUGUGCCCGACUGCAGAAAGCGACGCUGGGAAAAGUGGUUCAUUGCAACGUUUAUGCUAUCAAUUUUUUGGAUUGCCAUCUUCUCAUACGUUAUGGUGUGGAUGGUGAUGCUCAUAGGAUUUACCCUGGGCGUUCCCGACAGCAUAAUGGGCAUUACGUUCUUGGCAGCUGGCACAAGCAUACCUGACGCUAUCGCUAGUCUAAUCGUAGCAAGGAACGGUCUCGGGGACAUGGCGGUAUCGAACAGCAUUGGAAGCAAUGUCUUCGACAUUCUCAUAGGUCUGGCUACUCCGUGGUUCAUGCAGACCGCCCUGAUCUCGCCUGGUAGCUUGGUACACAUCAACAGCCGUGGACUAAUCUACUCGGUGAUGCUGCUGUUUCUAACCGUGGCCUUCACGAUACUCACCAUACACCUGAAUCGGUGGGAGCUGAGCAAGAAGGUCGGCGUGAUUUUCAUGCUCGUGUACGCCGUCUUUCUCACCUUCUCCGUCAUGAUCGAGUUCAACAUGUUUGGCUUCGUCAACCCACCGAUGUGCAUCGAGUGAGAAGAUGCGCACUGCACGAGAGACGGAGACUGGGCCAGGCUCCAAUACGAUGGAGUCUGAUACAGCAUUGGAGGGACAGAAAUGGGCAAUCGGG